AGGUACAAAGGUAUAUAGCUUUCUUUGAGCACCUGCUGGAUUCCAGUUACAGAGAAACAAGGAAGCAGAAUAUGGGCAAAUGUUCAACAGCAGACUAACUGUGCGUUGAAAACAAGGACUGUCAUGGGAAACAAUGCAACAAAAACAUUAGACAAGUGGGGAAUAAAUCCAGGAAAACUUUCACACAAGCGAACAAAAAGAAAAGGUCCAUCUAAGGUUUCCACUCACCAGGCUCCUGACCAACCUCAAUUAUUUGACCCGGUGACAGGUUAUCCACUGUAUGCCCGAGUCAAUAAAGUACGAAAGCAAAUUGAUGAUGGUGAUGAUGGUUUACACUACGCAGACGUUCAAGUCCUACAGUCCAAUAGUUCAGCCAAUGAAGUAAAUAAGACUUACAACAAUCACAGCACCACAGAAUAUGCGACAAUAGACUUUAAAACACCUGUGAAUACACAAACACCUGUGAAUACACAAACACCAGCUGAACCCGCAGAUCUGUUUAUUCCUCCCGGAGAUCUAAAGAGGCCAAAGAUGAGGUCCUUUCACAAGUAGAAUGAUCACUUACAGUUGUGUUAAAAGUAAUAACACUUUUUGAUAAUGGUCUUUAUAAUGAACUAUUACGUUAGUUGCUGUCUACUUAUUUGUAUAUAUUUAUAUUUUUAUGCUGUGUCACAUGUGUGCCCUUGAGAAAGGCACUGUCUGCAAGUGUGCAAUUCAUAUUCUGUAUAAAUAACCUUGCAUAUAAAGUAACAGUCAUUUGAAAACAUUAUUUUUUAUUUUAAAUAUUAUUUUUAUUUAACAAUUUAAAUUGUAUGUUUAUGGUUUGCUUGUAUUUAAAACAAAAUUAUUAUGUAAUAGACAUUUUAUGCCAGUUGUGCCAUACAAAAUGUGGUGCCUGCCUGGUUUUGAUCUAGCCAGACUUGUCAUUAUAGCAUAAAGUCAACUUUCCAAUUCUUUCCACAAAAGGAUCACUAGAUUGGAUAGGAUCACUCGAUUUACAUGGUGACACUUUAGAAAUUCUGUCCAUCCAAAGUAACAAGUAACCAGGUCAUUCUUUUUAUCUUCUGCUAAUUGUAACAACAUGAA